AUGGAAAUAAUUCAUGAUCACAUGCAUCACAUUACUAUAAAGAUCAAAGCUCAAGGAAUGCAGGAAGCGUUACUCAUCACUGUGGUAUAUGCAAAAUGUACCCAAGUGGAGAGGAGGGUUCUGUGGGAAAACUUAGAAGACAUUGCAGAAAAUUGUAACAGUCCCUGGAUGAUAGGAGGGGAUUUCAAUGUAAUUACUUUAGAGGAGGAAAAAUAUGGAGGACUUUCUGUCAGUUUGCAGGAGAUACAAUUAAUAAUUAUGGGAUAUAUCCAACAUCUGGUUAGAUCAGGGUCAGACCAUGCUCUUAUGCUUAUUUCAUAUGCUGGAAAUUCUGAACCUAUUAGAAAACCUUUUAAGUUUCUAAAUUUCUGGUUAAAGAAUGUUAAAGCUGCUUUGGUGAUCUGGAGCCAAAACACUUUUGGGAACAUAUUUCAGCAGAUAGAGUCUCUGGAGGAUAUUAUAAAGACACAAGAAGUCCAAUUUGAGUUGAAUCCCCUCAGAAUAGGGAGAAUUUACACAAGGAAUACUAAGUUCUUUCAUACUUAUGUGCAACGUAGAAGGAAAAGAUUACAAAUAAGGAGGAUACAGGGGCAGAAUGGGGUAUGGUUAGAAGAAAGAGAAGAAGUGGCAAAUGAAGCCAUUAGAUUCUUCCAAGAUCAGUUUGCAAAAGAACCAGAUCCUUCUAACUUUGGCAUUCUAGACCAUGUACCCAGAAUGGUCACAGAGGAGCAGAAUGACAGAAUCACAGCCCUACCAAAUCAGGAAGAAGUUAAGGAGAUAGUGUUUAAACUUAAUGGUGAAAGUGUUGCCGGUCCAGAUGGUUUUACAGGAUUAUUCUAUCAAUUCUGUUGGGAUAUAAUUGGGGAGGAUGUAACUAAUAUGGUGAAAAGUUUCUUUUGUGAUAUAAGGCUGAGGACCAAAACUGCAAAUGUGGUACUUAAAUUGGAUAUGGCUAAGGCAUAUGAUAGGGUCUCUUGGUUAUUUUUGACAAAAGUCAUGAGACAGUUGGGAUACUCACACAUGGUUGUGGACAUGGUUUUCAGAAUAGUCAGUAAUAACUGGUAUUCCAUCCUAAUAAAUGGACAACAGCAUGGUUUCUUUCAAUCAUCUAGGGGGGUUAAACAAGGGGACCCCUUAUCCCCCACUUUGUUUAUUUUGGCUGCAGAAGUUCUUUCAAGAAAUCUAAAUCAGUUGCACCAGAUACCACAUUUCAAAGGAUAUGGGCUUCCUAAAUGGAGUCCUAAGAUCAAUCAUCUGGCAUAUGCAGAUGACAUGAUCAUUUUCGCCUCUGCUGAUACUAUAUCCUUACAGAAAAUCAUGGAAGUUUUGAAAAGAUAUGAAGAAACAUUAGGCCAGAAGGUAAACAGGGAUAAAAGCUCUGUGUACAUGCACCAUAAUGUCAUAGGUGAUAUAAAAGCAAUUGUUGAGGUGAUAACAGGAAUUGUAAGAAAGGAUUUCCCAUUCAUAUAUCUUGGUUGCCCUAUUUUCUAUAGUAGGAGGAAAAAGGAUUACUAUAAUUCUAUUCUGGUAAAAAUAAUGCACAGGUUGCAAUCUUGGAAAGGAAAAAUGUUAUCCUUUGGAGGAAGAGUUGUUUUAAUAAAGCAUGUGUUACAAGGUAGGCCCAUUCAUCUUUUAUCUGCUUUGAACCCCCCAGAUUAUGUAAUUACACAAAUGCACAAGCUUUUUGCACAGUUUUUCUGGAAUAACACAAGUGGAGGUAAAAGUAGACAUUGGUCAGCAUGGCAUAAGUUGUGUAUACCAGAAAAGGAAGGGGGACUGGGGUUUAGAUCACUACAUGAUGUAUCCAUGGCUUUAUAUUGCAAAAUAUGGUGGAAUUUUAGAACUUCACCAUCCUUGUGGAGUGUUUAUCUCAGCAAUAAAUACUGUAAAAAAGAAAAUGCAGUUGUGGUACAAUGGAAGUAUGGGUCACAAAAUUGGAAGAAGAUGCUUCAAGCUAGGGACUUGAUAGAACAACACAUUUGGUGGCAAACCAAAAUGGGCAAUGCUUUGUUUUGGUAUGAUAAUUGGACAGGAUUAGGGGCUUUAUACUAUGUCACAACAGGGGAUACAUAUGAUGACAGAAUUCAAAAUGUUUCAGAAAUGGUGAUUGAUGGGAAUUGGGAUGAGGCAAGAUUGGAACUACUAUUACCAGGAGAUAUAGUACAACACAUAAGGGAUACUAUUAAACCACCUAUGAUGAUUGAGGAGAAGGAUAUACAUUGGUGGCUUCUAGAUAGCAAAGGGGAUUUUACAGUUAAAUCAGCCUGGGACUAUUUGAGAUUGAGAGGACAGGAGAAUGAGAUUUAUAAAUACAUGUUGAUAAAAGGACUACCAUUUAAGAUCUCCUUUUUCAUGUGGAGAUGCUGGAAAUUUAAGGUUCCAUUGGAUGAUGUGUUGAAAAGGAUGAAUAUUAACCUAGCAUCUAGAUCUUGGUGUUGUUCAAGUCCUAAAGAGGAGACAAUUCAACAUCUUUUUGCUAGGUCUUUUUCUGCUAACAGGACUUGGUCCUUUUUUUCUUCUCUUGCAGUUCUGUGGGAGCUAUGGAAGAGAAGAAAUGCAUAUAAACAUGGAGAGAGGAAAUCAGUUGGAAGAUGCAUAUAUCAGAUCUAUGUUACAAUUCAGAACUUGGUCAGAUUCAUAAAUCCUUCAAUACAAGAAAUUCCUCACAGUUGGAAGGACAUGUUACAACUUUUGGAAGGAUACAGAACACAGGUGAAAUACAAAAAAGUGAUUUGGAAACCCUCUCUUACGGGUUGGAUUAUGUGCAACACUGAUGGUGCAUCAAGAGGUAACCCUGGGAGAGGGUCUUUUGGUUUUUGUGUAAGGAAUGAGGAGGGCAAUUUAAUUUUUGCCAGAGCAGCAGAGAUAGGACAUGUUACUAAUAAUGAAGCAGAAACAGUGGAAGGCUGGAAACCACCCUGGAGUUUAGAAAAUUGGAUUGACGAAAUUAAACGUAUGGGAGAGGGGAAACAGGUAACAUAUACUCACAUUUUAAGAGAAGGAAAUCAAUUAGCUGCUGCAUUAGCUAACAGAGCUUUAGACAAAGGAACAACAGUAUAUGAACAUUUCAAUGAGAUGGAAGUGGAGCUAAGAAAGAUUCUAAACAGCGAUAAAUCCCAAGUUCCAUACUUAAGAGUGCAGAUCAAGUAA